AUGGCGAAGAAACACGCCACAGACUUUGAGAAGAUCAUCAAUGAGGGACGUGAACGUAGGAAGAAUGAAGCUCUUGCUGCGCGUAUCUUCAACAGGGACUCCAAUCGGCGUGCCAGUGCCCCGACUGUGGGACCGUUGACAAGCAAAGCUGGUGUGAAGAAGCGACUAUCCUCCACUGCCCGUGUGCCUAAUGCGGACAUCAAUGGGGAGUGGACUCAUGAUUUGCACCCGGACUCGAGGAACCCUAAGUCUCGUGCCGAUCCAAAUUCACUGGCGGCACGAAUCCACCCCCCUGGUACAACGCUCCCACGACCAUCGAAGAAUAACCCACGAAACACACGCCAGCACAAGGCAAACAGGCUUGCGGAUGCUCUGGAGCGCAACCCAUCCUCAGUUACUGUUGGGUAUAAUGCAAAACCCCUGUCGAUCCAACCCAUAGGACGAGGCAUGACAAUUAGAGGUCUUGCAGGCCCAUAUGCUGUUAUUGCUCAGAACUUCGCCCCAGGAACAACAGCUGCAGAUAUCGAGAGCGCGAUGACCCCUGUGGGUGGCUUGAUCAGCAGCUGUCGCCUUGUUAAAGAUCAUCCCAUUAUCAUCGCAGAGGUUGUUUUUGAGAAUAAAGAGGGUGCUGAUCGGGUGAUUCACACUUUCCAUAACCAAACGGAGUGCCGACUGGACCUCGUGCUGAUCGUGAUCGCACAGUUCGGUGGUUUAUAUAGUGAUCAGAUGGUCCCUAAGUCGCAAGCUAAUGGAGCCAACGGCCAAAACACGAGCCGCAGAGGCAGAGGCUUCCGAACCGGGAAGUAGGAGCACCCGACGAGCACUCGCCUAUUCCAUUACAAAAGCCCAAGCCCAUCGAAAAGCGACAACAGCCUGUCUCAGCUCACCAUCCAAGAACCCUUGAUCGAUGGGGACCAGACUGGAAAUACCUUUCACGACAACACUUGUUAUGGCGACGAAAUGCUAGUUAAUGACCCAUUUCAGGAGGGAUACUACAAUGACAAUGCACCCUCGGCCAAUCCAUCAGAUGACGGAGACCCAGCCUACUCUAGCAGCACAGAGGCAAAAGACAAGCCUUGCUCUGCUUGCUACCAUCCCUAUGAUUGCUACUAUCCCUAUGAUACACAAAUUCAGCACCAAGAUGACCUUUAAAUUUACACGACCACGUCCAAACUGCUGCUGAUAGGUCCUCGAAACGGGGAUGUUAUUAUGAUGUGCAACCAGUUAAUAACACAUCCACUGGGUCAACUGAUUGUUAUAGCACACACCUUGUCGACAAUCCACCUGCUGAACAGGUUGACUAUGAUGACACACCACGAGCCAGCCAUGUUGCCAGACACGAAACACCUUGCAACUA